GCACACAACACAGCCCCUGGGGGUUGUUUAUUGACUAAAUAGGUCCACUAUAAAAGGCCACUGAGGAGGUCCGCAUUGGAGGGAUGGAGAAGACAGGAAGCAGCAUCCACAGAAAGGCCAGUGCCCACCAGCACAAGGCCGAGGUGAGGAUCGCCGGUGAACAGCUCAGGCUGCGGCUCCACGAUUGCAAGCUGAUCAAGGAUCGGCGCUAUCACCUGCGCACCUACCCCAACUGCUUUGUGGCACAGGAACUAAUCGAUUGGCUGAUUGGCCACAAGGAGGCGCCAGACCGUGGCUCAGCCGUACGCAUAAUGCAGUACCUGAUGGACCAAGACAUUGUUCACCACGUUUGUGACAAGCAAUCGACGUUUAAGGAUGCCAAACUGCUGUACCGAUUCCGGAAGGACGACGGAACCUUCCCCUUCAACAUGGAGAUGAAGGUCUUCAUGCGUGGCCAAAGGCUUUAUGAGCACCUGGUCUCUGGGAAGAACUCCAUCUUGCAACAGCAGGUGGAGCAGGGCGGGGUCAACCGGCGUGUCUUUGCUGGAUGCCAGCUUAUUGACUGGCUGCUGCAGAAUGGGGAGGCCGACUGCCGGCGUCAGGGCACAGAAUUGUGCCGCGCCCUUCUGGAGCACGGUAUCAUACAGCACGUGGAGAAGAAGCAUCACUUCUAUGACAGUCCCCUGUUGUACCGCUUCUCUAUCAACUUCCGCCGGCAGCGGAGGCUUGCCGAGUUGCUGAGUGAGGGCGAGGCAGGGGAGGCGUCACCAGCCGAGGAUGAUCCCCUCGACAGCCCCUUUGUCCUGCGCAAAACACCUCCAGAGGAGGAGAAAUCCAGCUUCUUGUCUGUGCAACCCAGUAAGGAGAUCAGAGUAACAUCUACUGUCCAUCGGGGGGGAGUGACCUCGCAGCAGAUGACUCAGGAUGGGUAUUUCCCCCCUUCCCCACUGCCCCCCCUUCCUCACACCAGGUGCAAUCCCAAAUCAGUUCUGAAAAGGAGUGUAACCCGUGAGGAGCUCAUGUGUCCUGGCGCGCCCUUUGUUAGGAAGGUUCUGACGGUGAGCGACAAUGCCCAAAUGCAUGUGGUGGGCGACGCUGUGGGCUGGGGAUUCGUGGUGCGCGGAUCGCCACCCUGUUACGUCCAGGCUGUGGAACCUGGAGGGCCCGCGGCCACCGGCGGGGUGAAGGUGCGGCAGUUUAUCUGCCAGGUGAACGGCCGCUGUGUCCUCCACCUUGACUACCGUGUCGUCACCAGGCUGGUCAUGACGGGCCCGCGCACCGUUGUGCUGGAGGUGAUGGAACCGCUGGACUGAACAGAGUUAUCAGCCAUAAAUAAGAACCACAUAAGAAUGUCUUCAGGAACUUUCUCGUGCACUUUGUCAUAUUCCAUAGUGAUGUUCUCAGUGUGGUUCCUGCCCCCCCAUGUCAUGAAGGGAACCCAAUAUUACCUGUCCUUGGCAGACUCACUGCUUUGAUCUGCUUUCUUGGAAACAGACAUCUGACAUGAAGAUUUUAAUAGCUAUGUUUGAGGAUUAUGGAAAAUUACGGAUUAUCAAACAUCUGCCAUUAAUAAGAAAAAGCUCGCUGCAUCAAUCGCUACACAGUGGAUGGGCAAUGGUGAUAGACUGAGGAAAUCGCGCCACCUAGUGUAUCGUGAUGGAAGACCAGAAUGUUACAUCCGUACCUGCGCCAAUAUCUAACUUUAUUACAGCUUGUUUUCUGCAGAUCGAACAAACCGCAGUUAAUGGCUUCUUUAAACUCAGAGAAGGGGGGGGGAUGAAAUCAAACAUCCGAAGUCAAGUGUCUGAUUACAAGAUUUCUAAUAGCAUAUUACUGUCUCGCUCGCAACUGUCACUGUAAACUAGCAAGCAGGUUAGAUUUCUUAUUAAUAAUCGUAAUAGUCCACACUGAACUGUGGUUUAACUUAAAGAUAAAUGAUAAAAUUGCAUAACAUAUACAGAGUUUAUAUUUCGUAUUUUUAUUUGAGGCAAGCAAAUGCUUAAGCAACUGAAAUAUAAAACAAACUGAAAGUGUGUUCAGAGUUCCGUACCUAAAGCAAGUACAAUCGCUUAAGUAAAUCACUUUGAUGUGUUUAUAUUGAACGAGGACCCGAGGGAAUACGCCUUUAUUUAUUAAACUCUGAUAGAUAGAUAGAUAGAUAGAUAGAUAGAUAGAUAGAUAGAUAGAUAGAUAGAUAGAUAGAUAGAUAGAUAGAUAGAUAGAUAGAUAGAUAGAUAGAUAGAUAGAUAGAUAGAUAGAAUGCUGUAACGUAGUUUGGAUCAAUAGAUGGUGGUACGACAGAAAUGUUAUAGUUGUCUAACAAUGUUACGUGUACUUUUUUUGAGAGACUUUGGAGUAGGUACAGGAGCAUAGGAAACAGGGGGGGACGUGUACCCCCCCCCCCCAUAGGGGUAAAUUACAGGGUUGUAACCCCGUCAAUAAUCAAAACUGGUUAAUACAACCGUCAACCCCCCCCCCCCCCCCCAUUAUGGGUGGAGACCUGAACCCCCGCAAUGUUCAAACCAAAGUUACACCCUUGACCCCAUUCCCAUUAUAUAAUUCUGCUUCUUGCGUCCAUCCCAAAAAAUACAAACCUUUGUAUUCGAAUUAUUGUGUCCCCGCCCACAAAAUCAAGCUUUCUCCUACGCCCUAACCCUAGCAGUUCCGCAAAAUUAAAAAUCUCAUAAUAGCCGUUCAUUUUCUUUUUUUAAUGCAAAUCUGCUUGCCACUGGCAGCGUGCCCGCCACACACCUUAUGAGCGUUACUCUUAGGUCUUUAAUGGUUUUGUAGCAUGUCUGUUGCCUCCUGUAAUGCUAAUUCUACGUAACAGGCGUAUGCAUUAGUAAGUUGAAUGGCAAAGAGUUUGAGUCUAAUUUGACAAAAAAAUACUUAAAAUGUGUUCAUUUUUAAAUUUUACUACAUGUGUUCUGCGAAACCCAGUCCAUGUUGUGUUUAUUUUUAAUCCAAACUGGACCUCUAUACCACCUUACAGUCUACUGUAAUACAUUUCUUUAAAUGUUCAUGUGUACAUACUUGCAAAUUAUCUUGAAAUUAUCUUGCAUGUUAUAUGUCAUACUGAAGCACGCCCACCAAGACAGAUUCCUUGUAAAAUAUAUUUGGCCAAUAAAGAUCUUUCCAUUUCUGA